CGGCGGAGCUCGUUAUCUGUGCGUGCCAAUGCCGACCGGGAGCGCCGCAUCUGGCGUCGUCAUUCCAUCCAGCGCCAAUCCAGCUCGCACCCUCUGCUCGAUUGCAGCCGACGCGUUUUCGCGCAUGAUUCCCCGCGCCGCGAUCUCGACCGUCCGCAUUGCGAAAGAAGCAGACCCAGGCAACAGCAACGGCACGCCAUGACGACCCCCGCGCCGCCCGAGGACCAGGCCCGUCUGCUGGAGGACGCCCUCAUCGCCGUGCGCCAGCAGACGGCCCUGAUGCGCAAAUGCCUGGAUACGCCAGGGAAGCUGAUGGACGCGCUGAAGUGCUGCUCUACCCUCGUCUCCGAACUGCGCACCAGCAGCCUGGGUCCCAAGCAGUACUACGAGCUGUACAUGGCCGUCUUCGAUGCCCUCCGCUACCUCUCGGUGCACCUGCGCGAGAACCACCCCGUCAACCACCUCGCCGACCUGUACGAGCUCGUGCAAUAUGCCGGCAACAUCAUCCCCCGCCUCUACCUCAUGAUCACCGUCGGCACCGCCUACAUGUCCAUCGAGGGCGCGCCCGUGAAGGAGCUGAUGAAAGACAUGAUGGACAUGAGCCGCGGCGUGCAGCACCCGGUCCGCGGCCUCUUCCUGCGCUACUAUCUGACGGGCCAGGCCAGAGACUACCUCCCCACCGGCGACUCAGACGGGCCCGAAGGCAAUUUGCAGGAUUCCAUCAAUUUCAUACUGACCAACUUUGUCGAGAUGAACAAGCUCUGGGUCCGUCUGCAGCACCAGGGGCACUCGAGGGAGCGGGACCUGAGGACCCAGGAGAGGAAAGAGCUCCAACUGCUGGUGGGGAGCAACAUCGUCCGGCUCAGCCAAUUGGUCGACUUGCAAACAUACAAGGAUGGCAUCCUCGGCCCCCUGCUCGAGCAGGUUGUCCAGUGUCGCGACGUGCUCGCCCAGGAGUACCUCCUCGAGGUCAUCACCCAGGUCUUUCCGGACGAGUUCCACCUCCACACUCUCGACCAGUUCCUCGCCGCUGUCUCCAGGCUAAAUCCGCACGUCAACGUCAAGGCCAUCGUCAUCGGCCUCAUGGAUCGCCUCUCCAACUAUGCCGAGCGCGAGUCCCUGAAUGAGUCGGAGGAGGACCGAGCCAGGAUGGAGGAGGAAGCCUUGGCGAGUCUCCUGGAGAAGGUCAGGCUGGGUGCGUCCAGUGCCGCUCAGGGCCCUAGUGCCGCCCACCCAGAAACAACCGGAACACCCCAAAAUGGAGACAGUACCGAAGAGGACGCUGGCUCGAAAGCCGAACCAUCCAACCCAGAUGCCGAGCCGGCAGCGUCCCUCGCAGAGACCGAGGCGACGGCUGUGAAUGGGAAUGGAGACGAGCCAGAGCCACCAAAGAAGCGCCGAGGCAUCCCGGAGAACGUGCCGCUGUACGAGAUCUUCUUUGGCCAGGUCAAGAACCUCGUACAAGCCCAGCACCUCCCUAUCCAAGACACCAUCGCGCUGUGCGUCUCGCUGACCAACUUGGCACUCAACAUCUAUCCAGAGAGACUGGACUAUGUCGACCAGAUCCUGGAGUACGCUCAUAGCAAGGUCAAGGAACACGCGAACAGCGCAGAUUUACAUUCGCAACCAGCACAGCAGAGCCUCUUGGCGCUCCUCCAGAGCCCCCUCAGGCGCUAUGUGUCCAUAUUCACCGCCCUGUCGCUCCCGACCUACGUCUCCCUCUUCCAUUCCCAGACAUACCCAACACGGAGAGCUGUUGCCGGAGAGGUUGCGAGGACGCUGCUGAAGAAUCAGACACUCAUUUCCACGCCGCGCCACCUCGAAAACGUGCUCGAAGUUCUCAAGGUCCUCAUUAAGGAAGGCUCACAACCGCCUGCCGGCUACCCUGGCGUCGUGCAACCUCGCGCCCGUGCGUUCGAGACGGAUGAGACCAUGGAGGAGCAAGGGUGGUUGGCUCGCCUCGUCCACCUGAUCCACUCGGACGACAACGAUACCCAAUUCCGCUUGCUGCAGAUGACUGCCAAGGCGUAUGCCGAAGGCAACGAACGCAUCCGGACCACCACACCGCCCCUGAUUACCGCCGGCCUCAAGCUCGCGCGCCGCCUCAAGGCCCGUGAGCACUACGAUGACAACUGGUCGUCGCAGUCCUCGGCCCUCCUCAAGUUCCUGCACUCUGCCAUCUCGACCCUGUACACCCGGGUUAACGGUUCGGGCACUGCCGAGCUGUCGCUCCGCCUGUUCUGCACGUGCGGGCAGGUCGCCGAUAUGACGGGCUUCGAGGAGGUGGCCUACGAAUUCUUUGCUCAGGCCUUCACCGUGUACGAAGAGGCCAUCAGCGACUCGAAAGCGCAGUUCCAGGCCGUGUGUGUCAUCGCCAGCGCGCUGCACCGGACGCGGAAUUUCAGCAGAGAAAACUACGACACCCUCAUCACCAAGUGUGCGCAGCACGCCAGCAAACUGCUGCGCAAGCCAGACCAGUGCAGAGCGGUUUACUUGGCCAGCCACCUGUGGUGGGCAACGCCCAUUGCGGCGAACGGUGAGACGGAGGAGACCGAGCUCUACCGCGAUGGCAAGCGUGUCUUGGAAUGCCUGCAGCGCGCCCUGCGCGUGGCAGACUCGUGCAUGGAGACGGCCACGUCCAUCGAGCUGUUUGUCGAGAUCCUCGACAAAUACGUCUACUAUUUUGACCAGAAGAACGAAUCCGUCACAACCAAGUACCUCAACGGUCUCAUCGAGCUCAUCCACUCCAACCUGGCCGGCAGCCAGCAAGACUCGCCCUCGAUCGAGGCCAGCAAGAAGCACUUCAUGCAAACGCUUGACUUGAUCCGGAGCAAGGAGUACGAGGGCGUCGUGCUGACACCCAAGUAGGGGGUGGGUUGUGGGUUGUCCUAGCGUGGGGGGGAAUUUCAUAGCGCAGAGUGUUAUACCCAGAAGAAAGGCAGUGGCGAAGCUGAGCGGAAUCAGCAGCGUUUUGGGGGCGGG